ACCGAACCGAACAUGCCAAACAGAACAGAAAACAGUGUGAGAAUUUUUUUUUUCUUAUAUUUCAAACCCAAAGAAAAAGUCGAAAAUCUUGACCGAACCAAAAACUUCUCCGACAAUACUUUUUUUUUUUUGUUGUGCACGCUCCGACAGAGAACAUUUAAAAUGUCGAAACGAAAGGACAGGCCGAGAAAAGGUUAACUGUAACGCAAAACUAAAAGAUUUCCCGCGUCGGCGUCCCUACGGCGGGAAAUGCUCACCGGACAAGAAAGCCUGCUUCGGUUGAUCGGGAAACGCCGCCGAUGUCUCCCCAACCGCCACAAUCUCCUUUCAACUCCUACUCCGAACUCGUUGAAUCUCGAUGUCAACGACUCUGGCAAUCUCAUCUCACCAACCGGAGACAAUAUCCGUUCUCCGGAGACUCCUCCGACUUAUCCCGGCAACUCUGAUGAUUUGAGUGUAUCAAGGAAGAACAAGAAGAAACGGAGAUUGACUCAGACCACUCUUCUUCAGUGGUCAGGGUCAAAACAAUCUCAACAUAGUCCUUUGAUCCAUCCCCCGAAGCAGCAGCAAUCAAUACUCGAAUUUGAUGAUGACUCAAGUAGUGAGGAGAUUUCGAAAACUGUGGCUUUAGACGAAGCCAAUGGUGAUGAAGCUAUUCAGACCUUUAUAGUUGGUAGGAAGUUUAGUGAUGUUCAGGAUUUAGAAGCUGGGGAAAAGAUCUGUCUUUUGAGACACCCUGAGAACAUCAAGGAUCCCAACGCUAUAAAGGUACUUUCUUCUGACUCUGGGUUGUCUGAGAUACUUGGGUAUCUACCUAAAGAUGUGUCCCAGUGCUUGUCCCCACUGAUCGACCAAUAUGAUCUUAAGUUUGAGGGAACAAUAAAUUCUGUUCCUAAGAAUUCUUCAGAAGCUGUUUCAGUUAAAGUUGUUUGUCGCAAGAUGACAUCUGAUGGUUGGAAAGAAAGUGAAUCUGCUGGUGGAGAUUUUAAGCUUAUGUGGGAGAAAGUUCUUCAGGUUGUUGAGCAUCAGAUGUUAUUUCCGCCUAAAACGACAAGAUACCAGUUGAACUUCAAUGUAUUAGUACAAGAGGUCCUCAGAAGUUGCUCUCACCUAUUCACAGCCGAUGAAAAAGCAUUCUUGGAAUCCUUCACAUCUCUUUCAGAGGAUAGCCAGAGACUUUUCAUCCGUCUUUACACACGAAAAGGUAUCUACUCUCUCAACCUCACAACAGGAAUCAUCCCUUCUCUUAACGUCUCUGCUGGUCUUUUGGGAUUCUUCUUCGUCAAGACAUGGACCAAGAUGCUUCAUAAAUCUGGUCUUUUGAAACAACCCUUUACGAGACAAGAGAACACAGUUAUUCAGACUUGUGUUGUUGCUUCCUCAGGCAUUGCCUUUAGCGGAGGGUUUGGGACUUACCUAUUUGCAAUGAGUGAACGAAUAGCUAACCAUUCAGGAGAUGCUGCUCGUGGCGUUAAGGACCCUUCUUUGGGUUGGAUCAUAGCUUUUCUCUUUGUUGUCAGCUUUCUUGGCCUCUUCUCUGUUGUCCCUCUUCGAAAGAUAAUGAUAAUAGACUUCAAACUAACAUACCCAAGUGGCACUGCAACUGCUCACCUUAUCAACAGCUUUCACACUCCUCAAGGAGCAAAGCUGGCCAAGGAACAAGUGAGAGUGUUGGGGAAGUUCUUCUCCUUGAGCUUCCUUUGGGGUUUCUUCCAAUGGUUCUUUACUGCAGGAGAAAACUGUGGGUUUCACAGUUUCCCUACCUUUGGACUCAGAGCAUACCAAUACAAGUUCUACUUUGAUUUUUCAGCAACAUAUGUAGGUGUUGGUAUGAUAUGCCCAUACAUAAUCAACAUAUCUCUCCUUUUGGGUGGGAUUCUCUCUUGGGGGCUGAUGUGGCCUCUCAUUGAAACUAGAAAGGGAGAUUGGUUCCCUUCUGAUGUUGAAUCUAGCAGCAUGAGCGGUCUUCAAGCUUACAAGGUGUUCAUUGCUGUUGCAAUGAUCCUAGGAGAUGGUGUAUACAACUUUUGCAAGGUGUUCAGCCGAACCCUUUCAGGACUAUUCAAGCAGAUCCGAGGUGAAGCUAGUUGGAGAAACUCUCUUUCACGCGAAGAAGAGCCCCCUGCUUCUCCAUUGACACCAAAGAUAUCUUAUGAUGACCAACGUAGAACAAGAUUCUUCCUUAAAGACCAGAUUCCUUCAUGGUUUGCUGGUGGAGGGUAUGUGCUUAUAGCUGCAGUAUCUAUAGCUAUACUACCUCAAAUGUUCGAUCAGCUGCGAUGGUACUACAUUCUGGUCAUCUAUGUCUUUGCCCCAGUCUUAGCCUUCUGCAAUGCUUAUGGAGCUGGGCUCACUGACUGGUCACUAGCAUCAACCUAUGGAAAACUCGCCAUAUUCACAAUCGGAGCAUGGGCUGGUUCGGACCAUGGAGGUGUUCUUGCAGGCUUAGCGGCUUGUGGAGUCAUGAUGAACAUAGUUUCCACAGCUUCAGACCUGACACAAGAUUUCAAGACAGGUUACCUAACAUUGUCAUCUCCAAGGGCCAUGUUUGUAAGCCAAGUGAUUGGAACAGCAAUGGGGUGUCUGGUUUCUCCCUGUGUGUUCUGGCUUUUCUACAAGGCAUUUGAUGAUCUCGGCCUCCCAAACAGCAAGUACCCUGCACCCUUUGCUACUGUGUACAGAAGCAUGGCGAAACUCGGUGUUGAAGGUGUUUCUUCUCUGCCAAGAGACUGUCUUGUGCUGUGCUACGCGUUUUUCGGUUUUGCCAUACUGAUAAACGUAGUGAAAGAUGGUCUUGGGAACAGAUGGGGAAGGUAUGUACCUCUUCCCAUGGCGAUGGCUAUACCGUUUUUCUUAGGGCCUUACUUUGCGAUCGACAUGUGCGUGGGGAGUUUGGUUUUGUUUGUCUGGGAGAGACUAGAUGCUCCAAGGGCUGAAGCUUUUGCAACAGCAGUGGCUUCUGGUUUGAUAUGUGGAGAUGGAAUCUGGACUUUGCCAAGCUCUGUGCUCGCUAUAGCUGGAGUUGAACCUCCUAUCUGCAUGAAGUUUCUCUCAUCUGAAACGAAUCACAGAGUCGACAAGUUUCUGCAAGGAUCCUCUUAGUUUUUUUUUAAGCUCAAUGGGAUGGAUCUGCCUUGGUCAAUCGUAUAGAUAGAUGAGAGACUUUUGUAUCAAAUUGAACAAACAUGCUUUUAUACAUAACUUGGCGAACACAUACUACUACUAAUAAGCUUGAUGAAUUCCAUUA